ACUACAAAAAAACACAAAUGACAAGAGAACGGCCUGCCCCGGAGACUGCGCACCGCCUACACCAACACCCAGCUGCUGGAGCUGGAGAAGGAGUUCCACUUCAACAAGUACCUGUGCCGGCCGCGCCGCAUCGAGAUCGCCGCCUCGCUGGACCUCACGGAGCGCCAGGUGAAGGUGUGGUUCCAGAACCGGCGCAUGAAGCACAAGCGGCAGACGCUCAGCAAGAGCGGCGACGAGGCGUCGGGCGGCGACGGCAAGGACUCGCCCACGGCCAAGGGCGGCAAGGCCUCGGGCGACAAGCUGCUGCUGCUGCAGGACGACAACUCCAAGAGCUGCCAGAACUGCGAGCUGAGCGCGCCGCUCCUGGCCGGCGGGGCGCCCGACCUGGGGCCCAAGGCCCGCGCCAACAACAACAACAACAACAACAACACGGGCAGCUUCAGCAGCAACAGCAGCGGCGCGAGCAGCGUGGCCAGCAGCAUCGGCAGCUCCUUCGACAAGCUGGCCAACGAGGAGGACUCGCGCUCCAACGACCUGGCCUCGCCGGGCCUGCCCAAGAAGAUGACCCCCUUGCCGGCGGAGGUGGCGGUCAAGGUGGAGGCGGGCGGCGGCAGGACUCCCCCCGCCUCCCGGGAAGCCGCCGCCCCGCCCCCGCCGCCGCACGAGGCGCCGCCGCCGGGCAACCUCACGCCCUCGUCGACCCCCGGCACGCCCCAGGCGAGCCCGUGCGCCGCGGCGCCCGCCAACCCCCUGGGCUACCCGCGCGCCUCCCCGCUGCCGCCCGUGGUGACGGCCACCGCCACGGCCUCGGUGGUGCUGCAGGCGCCCGCGGCGCGCGGCUGCUACGCGGGCGCCUACCGGCCCUCGCGCCCCGACCUGCGGCGCCAGGCCUGCUACCCGCCUCCAGCCGCCUCCAGCCUCCAGCCGCAGGUGCGGGCCGGCUACCCGGGGCAGGAGCCGGCCGCCUACCACCGCCAGACGCAGACGCACCGGCCCAACGGGCUGCAGGCGCCCGUCACCACGCCCAGGACCUCCCACGCGCCGGCGCAGCAGCCCCAACACAACCCGCGCGCCGGCUACGCGCAGCCCCAGAGCCACCAGUACCCGCCGCAGUACUACGGCGCCGGCUACAACGGCUACCAGCAGGGCUACCAGCCCGGGUACCCACAGCUGCGCGCGCCCUACCACGGGUACGCCGCGGACGAGGGCUACCACCAGCCCCACCAGACGUACCCGGGCUACCCGCAGACGUACCCCAGCACCAGCGGCGAGGGCCCCCAGCAGCUGGCCGACGGCCAGGGCUACUACGACCAGACCCAGGGCUGCUACGACUACGCGCCCCAGGGCAAGCCGUACUACGACGUGGCGCCUCACCACGGCGGCGAGGCGUCCCACAUCCCCGGCAACUACGUGUCGUCGCCUGACCCGUUCCCGGGGGCCGGGGGCGUCGCCGCCCCCGCCGUCAUGACGCCGCCCGCCAGCGUGCCCGCCGCCGCCGACGACGGCAGCGGCGGCUACGGCGCCUACCAGCACUUCUACGGCGAGGCGCCGCACGCGGUGGCCAUCCAGCCGCCCCACGCCGCCUCCUCGGCCGAGAACAGCGACAGCUCGUCCGACUUCAACUUCCUGAGCAGCCUGGCGAGCGACUUCGCGCCCGAGUACUACCAGCUCAGCUGAGACCUGCUGCAGCUGUAAGCCUCCGUCGCCCGUCGCGGUGGCUCGUCCGAACACUUUUGUACUCCCCAUCCGCAUGACUACUCCUGCUCGUGCGUGGACCCAUGCGGCCUCCUGGCUUGACGCUCUACAACCCGUCGUUAUUCCUCUACCCAAGUCCUUGAAAUCGGGGAAGAUAGAAACAAAGCACUUGGAAUAACAUUUUUCAGACGUUCAUUUCUCUUCUAGUCACACACCAUCUGUUUAUUGUCUCAACGUAAAAAUCAUAUUUCAUUAAACUCUAAUCCUGUAGCAAAAAAAGUCAAUCCGAAUUUCAUAUCAUGAUCAUUUAUUUAGUUGUUUGCUGCUAACAGUCUGGACGCCUCGUGUACGUACAUUUAAUUAUAUGCAGUUACUGAUGGUGGUUUCGUAAAAUGUUGUUUACAAAACUGUUCGGAUCAGCAUGUCCGCUCUCCAUCAGUGAGAUGUCUCCCCCGCAAGACCAAAAACACUUCGUGCGCACCUCUUCAAAAUGUGUUUUUUCCCGUUAUUCUCUAAGCCACCGAAGAUUUUUAUCUGCCUAGUGUAUCCGCCGCAAGAAAAGUAAAGAAGACAUCGAUACUUCAAGUGCUUCGUAUUCAUAGCACAUUCGUUUUCACUUGGGAAAAUAAAUUCUACGUAGAAAAGCAAUUUUUAGCAUCUCACUCUAAAAUCACCAUCCACAGAAUUUAUCUUUAAACAUUUUAGAGGCAAAAUUACGAAUAUAAAAAUUCGUAAAAAAAUUAUUUUUUCGCACUCUUUGUAGCUUAAACUGGAAUGUAAAGCAUCUCGUAUUCUAUAGCUAAAUAAAUUAUUACAUGGUGUUGGCUGAACAUUUAAUCCACCAUAUGUUUACGUAGAUGAAAUAACAUUCGCUUCGAAAAAGAAGACGAAUAACACGAGAAAGACAACAGUGUUGUCAUUUUAAAUUUCGUCGUACGACAAGAAAUUUCAGUGAUUAGGGCUGUAUUGUAAACCGGCUCUGUGUAAAUACACCAGCGUAAGUUUGUGAUUCAAAAAUCACAUACGACAGUAAAUAAAGACAAAAAAAUUCUUUGAAGUGUCAUACACACGAAUUUAUUUGUUAAGUGAGACGCAGUGUAAGAAAGGACUAUUAACAGCACAGAGAUUUCCAUCAUUCAGCACAUGUUCAUGUAUUAGAGACAUAGUAAAGUUGCACAGAUUUUCAAAACGAUUUUUCGCUUUUCUUAAAAGUCUGGCAAAAUGUUAUGUUGUGAAAUAUUAUAAUCAUUUAAUAUAAAACUUUCCGUAUUUUUCAUAUCCUUUAAUAACCUAAAUAUUUUGCAGCGUAAUAAGACAGGUUAUACCUAUAUAAUAUUUACACAGUCCAGAAAAAAUAAAACAGCACAUAACUUCAUGAGCAAACUUUAAAAUAUAAAUUUGUUAACAUUUCCGAACAAAUUCAAGAUGGAAACAAUACUCUAUCGGCAUAGCAGUUAGUUAUUUCCAUAUUUGACUUUAUAUUAUUCUGAUUUUUAUCUAUAGGUACCUAUUACUUCAUGUUAUUUAGGGAACUAAAACCUUGAUAAUCUUUCGUUUCGAUUUGUGUCAACAUAAUAAUUUGAAAAAAAAAAAAGUUUCAAAUCACGCUUUAUAAUCACGCGACUCAUUUUCACAUAAUAACUAACGUUAUAAGAUCGUGUUCAAGUUUACGUUAUGAUUAUCUCGAAGCAUCUCUUAAAAAUCGCUUAGAAUCUAGUUGCGGUAACCGUCAUUGACGACUACAAUUAUUAAUGUUAUUUGUAAAUAUUUUAAUCAUGUCAUCCCGACUUGCGUGAUAUUUAAAAAUUAAAUUUGCUUUUAUAAUUGUGUUAAAUAAAUUAUACCAUAUUCCAGUUGACCUAUCACGAAGAUAUAUCUUAUUAUACAACCAAACUUACCCAAUUUCACUUUUUUAGGGAUGUAAUUUCACACACAUAGGCUACACAUAUACUGAAAAGUUUAAACGGUAUUUUUGAAAACUAUAUAAGUAACUUUUGUCACGAUAUAUACCAUUAGGCCUAUAUAAAUAUAAAAAUAAUAUUCAAUUUACAGUCACGACUCAGUUAGAGCUAAAUUAAAAUUAUGGAUAUGAAGGCUUUAAUAAUGCAACAAAAUGCAAAAUUGUACUUAUAAAAUGUCAAAAGAUAAUUGAAUUUUAUCGUAUUUGUAUGCAUUAAUCAAGUUGCUUUACCAGGUUGCUUAUAUAAAACAUUAAAAAUCAGAAUUUAAAAAAGUAAAAAAAAAUCUACAAUACAGAUAUUUGUUCAUGUAAUUUGUGCAAUGUACCAGAACAAGAAACAUUAAAGUAAUUAAAAAAAUAAUCUACCAUUUUUGCAUAUAAAUGGUUUUUUGCUGGUUAAAACUAGAAGAGUUUGUUUGAGAUUUCUAGCACUAAGAAAUGAAAAUCCUCUAUGCGCGCAACUGAGCCAUAUGUCAUUUAAAAAAAUUUGUUUUGUAAAUAUGCUGAAUGUAUAAAAAAACGAGCCCUCCAAUGGAUAUAGGUAACUGAAGUAUAUUUUUUCAAAAUUGUUACGCAUCAGAUUUGUUAAGAAAAAUUAACAUUGUAUGCAUCAAUAUAAAAUAUGUAAUGAGAAUUAACCAGAAUGCCCUCUCAGUUAUACAAAAAAAAUAGAACAAUACACAUGUUAUGUGUUUGAGUUUUCAUUGUUUCGCAAAUACGUGGAAAAUGUAUCUAUUUAUUUGUUACAUUUGAGUGGAUUACAUAUUUUGGUGACCGUUCUCGAGAGUAUUUCUACAGAUAUUUAUAAUUCUCAGAUCAAAUACAGUAAAUGUAAUAUUGUAAUUGUAAAUGGUCUAGUACUGUUUUCUGGUUGAAGUUUUAUUUGAGGUUUGUUGUAUAAUAUACACAACUGUAAACCUUCUAUGUCGUACUAAGUAGAAUCGCUAAAUAAUAAUUAUGAGUGAGAUACUAACUGAAAUGAACCAAAUCCUGGAAAAGCAACAGUUAUCUUUGUACCGAAUUCCUUAAAUUCCGCUCAGACUCUUCUUCGUGAUAUUUUUGCAAAUAGAAUAAGCUCAGUACAUAAUCUUCACUUUUGGAAUCCACUUUUCUGAGAGUUAAAGUAAUGUUCUUGCAUCAGACGUUAACCUUUAUAUACUUAGAGUUAAUACUGAAAACAUUUCCAUUAUACAAAAUAAACACAUUACUCAGUUUGAUAAUAAGUACGUGAACAUGCGUCAAGCUACUAGUACCCAAUUAUUGUUUGAAGUGAAUUUCAGAUACAAGUUUUUCUUAAAAUAUUAUUUCGUUUUCUUUUCAAUGAAUCAUAAAACAGGUAUGCGACGAUCAUUACUAAAAUGUUAAUUUGUUUGGACAUUAAACUUCGGAAUAAUUAGACCACUUUUAUUUAAGAUUUACAUUUCUGCUGCACAUUUUUAGGACUCAUUUUGUUUCAUGCUAUUUCAAUCAAAUUUGUUAAAAGAAAAAUAAUAUUUCCUACGCUUUGUAUUUCUACCCUCCACUCUAGAGCCAGAAAAAAAAACUAUAAGUUCUGUGAGUUUAAUGAUAAUAUGGGGUAACUCGAUGUAUUAUACAUCAAGUAAUGUAUAACUAUCAGCAGUUUAAAGCCAAUAUAUAAAAAUGGUGAGUUAAUAGUUCUGAAAAUUUGUGCUAAAGACUUUACGUGUCCUAUGAUGCGAUUAUUAAUAGUGUAUAAUCAAUGCUAGAAUAAUAUUGCAAUCAUUAUUCAACUUAGGGCUAUGUUGUUGUUGUUCCUUCUUAUUUUUGUUGUUUGAUGUAAAUAAUUCGAUAUAUUGAUUCUUAUUAUUACAUCGUAAUACU